AUAUAUAUAUCAUUAUCAGCACUAUAAUAGAUGUCUGUCUCUGGUCCUCAUGAUGCAUUGUUUUGUUUAUCUCUCCGAAUUUUAUGGACAGCACGAUGUGUUAUGCCCCGACGCGUCUGCAGGCAACAGGAACCUAUGGAGUAGCAAAAUUGUCCCGUCACCGACGCGCUUCCUCAUAAUAUUGGAGCAUGAUACUGUAAAGAAUAAUAUAUGCAAUGCUCAAGUGCACGGAUUGGUAGAUUGCUCCAUCAAUCUCAAAUUCUUCACAGACCGCCCGUGAUUCGCGCAGAAUAACGCUGAAACUGUUAGCAAGUAGAAAAGGAAUUGUAUUACAUGCAAUCUUUGUGUUUUUAUUUCCACACAUUGCCAGCAAUUAGAUUGAACAUGGACGGAAGUUGCACGUCUGGGUCCAAGCUGCAUCAUGUCGGAGGGAGGGUGAUGCUUAUUUGGAUGGCAGUAGCGUGUCUCGGCGUCUGUCUGGCAUUUGGCCCCAACAAGCUAGAAGACGAGGACUAUGAGGACGUUGCCAUCAAUAAAACAUGGGUUUUAUCACCAAAGGUCUAUGAGGGUGAUGUCACCUUGAUCCUGAACAAAUUACUACAGGGCUAUGACAACAAACUCCGCCCUGACAUUGGAGUUAGACCAACGGUCAUUGAGACUGCAGUAUAUGUGAACAGCAUUGGACCGGUCGAUCCCAUCAACAUGGAGUACACCAUUGACAUAUUCUUCGCCCAGACUUGGUAUGACAGCAGGUUGAAAUUCAACAGCUCCAUGAAAGUUUUGAUGCUCAACAGCAACAUGGUGGGAAAGAUCUGGAUCCCAGACACCUUCUUUCGCAACUCCAGGAAGUCCGACGCCCACUGGAUCACCACGCCCAACCGACUGCUGAGGCUGUGGAGCAACGGGCGGGUGAUGUACACGCUGAGGUUGACCAUUAAUGCUGAAUGCUACCUCAAGCUGCACAACUUUCCUAUGGAUGAGCACUCCUGUCCCCUUGAAUUCUCAAGCUAUGGCUAUCCUAAAAAUGAGAUUCUCUACCGCUGGCAGAGGAGGUCGGUGGAGGUGGCGGACCAGCGGUACUGGAGGCUUUACCAGUUUGCGUUCGUGGGGCUGCGCAACUCCUCCGAAGUAGCGCGCACGCAGUCAGGAGAAUACGUGGUCAUGUCAGUGUUUUUUGACUUGAGCCGGCGAAUGGGUUAUUUCACCAUUCAGACAUACAUUCCCUGCAGUAUGAUUGUUGUGCUCUCCUGGGUUUCCUUCUGGAUCAACAAGGAUGCUGUGCCAGCAAGGACGUCCCUGGGGAUCACCACAGUGCUCACCAUGACAACCCUCAGCACCAUUUCCAGGAAGUCUCUCCCCAAGGUGUCCUAUGUGACGGCCAUGGACCUUUUUGUGUCCGUCUGCUUCAUCUUCACUUUCGCCGCGCUGAUAGAGUAUGGAACCCUGCACUAUUUCACCAGCAACAGGAAGUCCAAGAAUCUCAAAUCCAGCAUGACUCAGAAAUGUGGAGCAGUCAGAACAUCGCUGCUUCGGAUAAACAACAUCACCCCCUAUCAUGGAGAGGACCACAGCGACGAGUGUCUGGACGACAGGCACCAAGCAGAGGGACCCAGGAAAACGUCAUCCCCACACUGAGCCGGGAAGUUAAAGAGAGCACCAGACAAUCCCAGAGUCCCAAACACAGGACCAAAGGACAAGGAGCCUGCAAAGAGCAGUGCGGGGGUGGGUUUAUGGCUGCUAAUUGCCUUCAUCUCCCCUAUCCCCCAGCCCACAAUCCUUUGCUGCCCUAUCUUUCUAUUUUGGAAAUGUGUGCCACUAACUAUGAAUUAAAGAUGUGAGGAAAUGAAAAUGAAAAAAAAAAAACUAAGUAAAAAUUUGUUACUGAAAAUCAAGGGCUUACAUUGCUAGAUUUCAAAUGUUCUAUGCUGUACUCUUCAUCAAAAUCUUUAGUGAGAUGUAGAUGAGGAGUCUUUAUUAUUAUCUUUUUUUCUUCUAUCCUUGUGACAGUUGAAUAUUUUGUAAAGGUUAGCUCAAAAAGUGUUCAUAAAACUGAACAGAAAUUACAGUGGCACAAAACUUUUAAACAUACGUGACUGUUGACCCAGGUGCAGAUGACUGCAGCAAACUUUUCAUAGACAUGUUGCUUUUCAGAUUUUACUCCUUUGUUGAAAAAGCAGGGCAUUCUGUGGUUCACAGUUGGUGGUUCCACUUAACCAAGCGCCCCCAUGCACCAUCUGCAAGAGUGAUCAGGGCAUGCGCUUCCCCAACACGGCCACUGCCCCGACUGACUAGAAUAUGAACAAUCCAAUAAAAGUCGUUCUUCACGCCUGAAGAAACACGCAUGGAUUGACAUGCUGAAACUCCUUCCUGUAUGUUGCAAUUAGUCCGCAUGACUGCACAGGAUAAUUGGAUAGAUUAAUUCAAUGGCGAACAGAGUGGAGACACUUUAAAUAGCCGAACAUGUCUCGGCUGAAUAUUAAUGGCCAUUGUUCGUAUGUUGCUUGUGUUUUGGUUUUAUCUUGCACUUAAUUAACAUUUUGCCAUUUGUAUGGGUAGCCAAUUUAUGGUGUCAGUCCUCUAUUAAAAGUGUGAGUAGCAGAGCUUUAUGGGGUCAAACGAUGUGGUGGUUUUAUAAUUUAGUAAUAACUUUAUUUGCACAAACGCUUUGCAUCAUUCACAGCACCGGAAUUGCUGUAAGUCCAAGGGUGUUUUUAUGGCCAACUUCUCUUGGAAGCAUGACUUUCACUACAGAUUGAUUUUUAUGACUAGACCACCUUUUUCACGUUCUUCCACUGUAGAUGGAGAGUUACCCCAUACAUCCCUGGAAUCUGAAAUUGAAAUGAACACGGACAAGCAAAAUUUGUGACUUCACAAAUAUGUUUAACCUAUCAUGGUCCACUAUGCAAAGAUAUACAAAUUACAGGAAGGCAAUGUAGUAAACUGAAACCUUACUAGUGACAAUGUUGUGAUUGUUCAUCUGUUGAACAUGGCAUACUGCACAGUUUUAGGAUACAAGCCCAAGGCAGGCAGUUAAUUCCAAUCGUUACCCAGGGACCUUGUUCUAAAACAAAAAUAGGUGGAAUUAAAAAAUAAAAAUCAUGUGGAUUUACCUGACAGAAUAGAGGGAAUCCAUGUUAGUAGCACACAUUUUACAGGCGACUGCUUGUAGGACCUAAUGCAAAAGUGGAUGGAUUCAGUGUUGCCAGAUCAGAUCUAAAGCCCCCCCCACCCCAAAUCGUAACAGGGCUGUCUUUAGCAUGCUGUAUCAGGGGGGGACUGCUGUUGGAAGCUGUUGACGGAUGGAUGGGGAGGGGGGGGUCCGUCAGGUGUGGGCUCCAGGAAUUGCGUGAUAUGCAUUCCGCUUAUUCAAUCAACCAGCAGUAAACUGCAUCAGAGAAACGGUGGUCUGUGAGUCUCUGUGCUACUUCUUUGGUAAUAUUGUUUUGACAAUAUUUUCAAAAACCCGCCCAAUUUUGACAGAAGUAGCCCAAAUUUCAUCUAUCAGCCCAACGCUAUUUUUCCUCACCUAACGUAAUCAAAAAGAGCCCAAUUGGGCGGAAACACACCCAAUAUGGCAACACUGGAUUGCUUUCGUAAAGCAAUUGGUUUUGAAACUGGAUGCCACGCCUACCUUACAGCAGCAAGUGGGAGUCAAUGUGUAAAUAUUUAUCUAUUGUAUUGACCAAUGUCUGAAAAGCCAACAUUCACUAUCUACUUUUCCUAGGUAUCUUUUUGUUGCUCAUUGCUAAAUAAGUUGUUUUCAUUAGCUGGUUUUCUAAAUCGGUCAGUCAGUAUUUAGAACAGUGCAGAGAUCUAUAAUGAUUUAACGUGGAAAAUGUAUUUUAGUCAAUCAAGAAGCUUUCAAAAAUAAUGAAAUGAAAGGUUAUAAA